AUGAGAUUGCUGAUGUGGAUUAUGGGAAUAUCGCUGUUUGAGAGGUUGGACAAUGAUGAAAUAAGAAGGGACAGCUUAGUAAAGAUUACAGAGGUGAUAAGAGACUCACGAUUGAGAUGGUAUGGGCAUGUGUUGAGGAUGGAUGAUGAGGAGGGAGUGAGGAGGGAUUGGGAGGAACCUGUUAGAGGAAGGAGACCGAGAAGGAGACAGAAAAUUAGAUGGCGAGAUAAAGUGAAGGAAGAUAUGGAGAGAAGAGGUUUGGUGGAGGAUGAUGCCUUCGAUAGAAGGCAGUGGAGGAGAGGGCGCAUCAGGCAAGCGACCCCUUAA